AUGAUUAGUAGAUUAGAAAUAUUACCAAAUGAAAUAAUUAUUUCUAUAUUCUAUUAUUUGUCAUGGAAUGAUAUAUUAAUAUCUUUUUGGUCAUUAAAUAGCCGAUUUAAUUCUCUAAUCUGUUCAAAUUUUUCAAUAAAUCAAAGUACAAUUGUUAUUGCUCAACCAGGUUUAUCUUAUCAUAGACUUUCAUCAACAUUAUUGCCAUUAAUUCAUAAUUCAUCAUCUCUCAUUUCUUCUAUUCGACGUAUUCAUUUGGAUGGAACAAAUUCAAAUUCUUAUGAUCUCAUUUAUCAAUGUUGUUGUUAUAAUAAAAAUACUUUUACUUAUCCUAAUCUUAAAUCACUUAUUCUUAAUCAAUGUAAUUUGUCCGAAUCAUUAAUAGACAAUUUAUCUUUACUUAUUGAAUAUCAAUUGGAUGAACUCACAUUAAUCGUAGAUACAGAUAUUAAUAAACUAAUUCGUUAUAAAGAUAUUUGGAUAGCUGAAUCUAAUCAAGGUAAUAAUCAUUUAUUCUUUUAA